AGCCCAGGAAAGCCCUUCAACAGGCCUCGGUGUCCACCAUUCGUCGCUUCUGAAUAGUUCACCUGCCAGGUCUGUGAGCCGAGGACGGCGGUACGAACCACUCGUGUUCUGAGAGUCGUUUUCAUCCUUCCUGAUCCACUGGAGGCGGUUCAAUCCCGAUGGUCCAAGCAGAUACACUGCGUAUUUCCAUCCCAAGAAUCUCUCGCAGGUACUCCCAAGCCUGAUCAUUAGUACACGUGGGGUUGCUAAGCAACGGCUGUGGGCGUGGCCGUUGGGGCAUAAAGAGUCGCAGCCCCGCCCUUAGAGGACGCGGGUAUUUCAGGAUCUUGAUCUUUAAAGUCUCCCCCUCUACUUUUUGAGUGGGCGGGGCCACGACCGCAGCUGUCACCUCAUCUCCACCCUGCGGGCGCUCACUUGCGCAGGGCUCUUCCAUAACAGCUCUUCUUCCGGGACUUCCUGGUCGCCGUGACCAAUCAGAGUGCUGUUUCCGUCCGAGCCGCUGUCGGCCCGCAGACCUCGGCGCUCCUCUACCUACGCCUCUUAAAGGCGCCGCCAGCGCCUCGGGAGCCCGGGCGAACCAAGUCCUCGGUUCCCGUCCCCAGCUGCAGUAUGGAGUCGUCCCACAGGCCGCCCGGGCCCGAGGCAGACCUUCUGACUUUGGGGAGACAGCGAGCCGCGGUCUUGGGCGGCGGGCCGAGCCGAACGCCCUCGGAACCGCCCUCAGGCUUCCGGGUGCCGGCAGAGGAAGAAGCCGAGAACGUUGGGGGCUCGCGCCGCCACCCCGGGGCGUCCCCUAAGACUUCGAGCUCCAGCGUCGUCCGCUGGCCGGGACCGGAGGCUCCGGAGGACGAGCUCGGCCGCCCCGCGAUGCAGGGUGGACCGGGGAGCCACCGGGGAGCGCCGGAGCCCGAGCUCCACCCGCGCGGGUCUUCCCUGCGCCAGGACCCCGCGCCGCCCGAGGACCAGCCCGUCUCCGAAGCCAUCAGCCGUCGAGGAGGCCCGGGAGGCGGCGGGAUGGAUGCUGAGCAGGAGGAGGAGGACGACGCCGAGGGGGCGGCCGGCCGGGCCGGCAGGUCGUUUCCCAGCCGCCUCCAGGACAGCCGCAGCCUGGACGGGCUGAGCGGGGCGUGCGGCGGCUCCGGGUCCCCAGCGGGUGCGGAGUCCGGCGCGGGGGGCGGGCGUCGCGCCACCAUCUCCAGCCCCCUGGAGCUGGAGGGCACGGUGAGCCGCCAGGGCGACCUCACCCAUUUUGUCGCCAACAACUUGCAACUCAAGAUCCGCCUGAGCAGCACCUCCCAACCCCCGCCCCCUGUCCCCGCGCCUCCCUGCUCGGCACCUCCAUCCUCGCCGGCCAUCCCCCCCAUCGACCCGGACGUGCUGCGGGACCUGGAGCGGCUGAGCCGGGAGCUGGGCGGCAGGGUGGACCGUCUGCUCCGCGGGCUGGGCGGUGCGGUGCAGGAGCUGACGGCGCUGAGCGUGGGCUGCAUCCAGACCUACCGCGACGCCGUGGACUCCCUAGGCGAAGCCGUGGACAUGAGCAUCAAGGGGAUGUACACGCUGCUGGCGCGCUGCGAGGAGCUGGAGAGGGCUCUGCAGCCAGUGCAGGGGCUGGCGCGCCAAAUCCGGGAUAUCCGACGCACCCUGGAGGUGCUGGAGGCUCUGUGCAAGUGACCGGGAGGGCAAGAGGGACCAGGCCAGGGCCCAGUAGGAUCCUACGGGCUCUUCAAGAUGCGUUUAGCAGGCCGGCGUCCGCUCGCUGGGCCGUAUGCAGGUGUCUGUGGGAAGCUCUAAAGGCUUUCCUGGUGGGAGGUGCUGAUGCUCAGCUUCUAUUCAGUUGGCCAUCUGUAGCUACGUUGUUUUCCUCAACUCUCCUCUAACUAAAGCUCCGUCCCUGGUGACCCAGGAUUCCAGGUCUGGGCUUGAGAGACAUGCGACUAAAUGUGAUCAAGGAAGGGGAACAGAGGCCCCAGCCCCCACUGUGGCCACUCUGACCCCAGUAUCACAUCUCAGGUGCCAGGAACUAUGGGAGUUUGAGUGGGCCUUGGUCACCCGCCGUGCAGACAGGCAUGCACACUUGCAGAUGGAUACCCUGCUUUUGCUCUCUGGCCCCCUACCGUCCCAUUUCAGCCAGACCAGGGUGGAGCUAGAAGGAACGCAUUGCAUGGUGGAGGGGGUGAGUUGGGAGUGGUCUCACUGCUCUCAGGAUUCAGUGGAAUUGUUGCUGGUUUUGAAGCCCACCUGUUGUGGAGUGUUCCAAUCAGUUUUAACUUGCUGAGUUUUUGUGGAAUUAAAGUGCUGCUGCUAAGGCUGAAGCU